AUGGAAAUUCAUGUCAAAUUUUCAGCAAUUAUGCUGGGAUUCUUUUGCAUCAUCAAUCUGGUCAGAACCACUCCAAACACAAAUGUUACCAACGUUCUCUGCAAUUCCGGUGUGUAUACAGGCGGCGAUCCUUUCGUAACAAGUCUAGCCUACGUUCUCGAAGAAUUAGAGACAAAAACCUCGUCCACCGACAAUUACAAUUAUUUCAACAUUUCUCCUUAUCCUAAUGCUUUUGCCUAUGGUCAUGCUUCUUGUAACAGAAACCUUACAAGCUCAGACUGCACUACGUGUCUUGGUGCUGCCAAGACGACCAUGUUAGGUACAUGUCAAAGCCGGAUAGGGGCCCGGGCUGUGCUUCGUGAUUGUGGAAUUAGGUAUGAGCAAUACCCAUUUACAGAAUAG